AUGCCAGGAAUCACGGUUUCGCCCAUUACCCCGGCCCGACCUGAGUUUGGAGCUCUUGUCGACGACGUGGACUUGGAGAAUCUCUCCGACGCAGAGUUCGAGGCCCUCCGCAACGCCCUCUACACCUACAAUGUCAUCUGUGUGAAGUCGCAGUCACAUCUCACACCCAAGGGUCAGGCCGAGCUGACACGCCGCUUCGACCCGGAUGCGAUGUCUUACGGCCACGGUAAGACCAUUGAUGCCAAGCGGUCGAUCCUUCAUCCGGACCUCAAAACGGUGCCUCACCAGCCUGAGGUCCAGGUCAUUGGCAAUGGCUUUGUACCCGAGUACGAAGGCCUCAAGGACAUCACCUUGAAACACCCUCAUCACCGCACAUUCCACAAGACCGUCAUUCCGGAGGACAAGGACCUAGAUUUCACCCGCUUCUACCGCUGGCACAUCGAUGCCGCACUGUACGGGGGUCUGCAACCACCGUUGGUGACGUCCCUGCUUGCUGUCAAGGUCCCCUCCGGACGGACGCAAACCCUUCUCUACGAUGACGGCAGCGACGACACCCUUCAGGUCCCCCUGGGCACCACCGCCUUCGUGUCCGGGUACACCAUGUUUGACAACCUCACGCCGGAGCAAAAGGAGUUCGUGCUCACCUCCAAAGUGGAAUACGCACCACAUCCCUACGUGUGGAUCUCGACUGCGAAAUCGCGCCCGGACGGACUGGGCAUGGUCUCCGAAGGCAAGGAGGUGCCUGUCGAAGACCUCCCGCCGAUCGAAAACGCCUCCGACGUGCAGAUCCAGCCGCUCGCCUGGCAGAACCCCGUCACGGGCAAGUUCGCCCUGCAGAUCCAUCCAUCGGUCGUGCGCAAGAUCCACCUCGCUGACGGCACCAUCAUCGACGACCUCGCCAAGGUGCGGGAGAUCGUGCACGAUCUGCAGCGCCCCGGGAUCGCGCCGGAGCUGGUCUACGCGCACGACUGGAAGGAAGGCGACUGUGUGCUGUUCAACAAUCACGGUGUCCUGCACAGCGUCGUGGGCGCCUUCAGCAAGGACGAGGUCAGGUUGUUCCGUCAGUGCAAUCUGGCCGCGAGUCGGCCGCCCAUUGGGCCGCCGGAAGUCCUCCCGGGUACGGUCCAGGCGUAG